UCUGGUCCCGGGCUGUCCCAAGCCAGAGAUCAGAGGAAUUCAUGGAGCUAAAGAAGCAGACACAGCAAGUGUCAGGGCUGGGAGCCAGCAAAGGAACAAGUGCCCAGAGCUCUCAAGAGGGGCUCAGAUUGAGCGGGGUCUCUACCACCUCUGCCUCGAGGGCAGUAGCUGUCCAGUGUGGCCACAGAACUAGCCUAGGAGGGAGCAGUCCUCUGUCAAUGCUCCCUGCUGCUGCUCUCUCAGAAGCUGUCUCCAGGAGCCCACCGACAGACUCAUUUCUUCUCUGCUGAGCUCCAGGUUGAACCCUUGGCAUUCCCCCAGCCAUGGGGCCCAGAAUAGGUGAGGGACCCCAGAUGACAGACAGAGACACCAAGACCACAAUGAGCACAGAAGACAUGCAUGAAAGCAAAGUCAGCAUAGAGUCUCAGGACUCAAAUCAGGAUGCACGGCCCCAAGGACUGUUCCACAACAUCAAGUUCUUUGUCCUGUGCCACAGUAUACUGCAGCUGGCUCAGCUCAUGAUCUCUGGCUACCUCAAGAGCUCCAUCUCCACAGUGGAAAAGCGCUUCGGACUGUCCAGUCAGACAUCGGGACUGCUAGCUGCCUUCAAUGAGGUAGGGAAUGUGUCCUUGAUCUUGUUGGUGAGCUAUUUUGGCAGCCGAGUUCACAGACCCCGUAUGAUUGGCUACGGGGCUAUCCUGGUGGCCCUGGCAGGCCUGCUCAUGACACUCCCACACUUCAUCUCCGAACCAUACCGCUAUGACCACAACAGCCCUGACAGGUCACAGGACUUGGAUGUUUCGCUAUGCCUGCCCACGACUGUGGCCCCAACCUCUGCCCUCUCCAAUGACAGCUGUUCCAGCAGCACAGAAGCCAAGCACCUAACUAUGGUGGGGAUCAUGUUCACAGCGCAGACCCUGCUGGGCAUAGGUGGUGUGCCCAUUCAGCCCUUUGGGAUCUCCUACAUUGAUGACUUUGCCCACCAUAGCAACUCACCCCUCUACCUUGGGAUCCUGUUUGCAGCAACCACAGUUGGGCCUGGCAUGGCCUAUGGGCUGGGCAGCCUCAUGCUACGCCUUUAUGUGGACAUUGACCGGAUGCCAGAAGGAGGUAUCAACUUGACCCCAAAAGACCCCCGAUGGGUGGGCGCCUGGUGGCUGGGCUUCCUCAUCUCUGCUGGACUGGUGGUACUGGCUGCCUGCCCCUACUUCUUCUUCCCCAGGGAGAUGCCCAAGGAGAAACAUGAGCUUCGCUUAAGGCGGAAGGCCUUGGCUGGUUCAGCCACCACUGACAGCAAGGGUGAGGAGCUCUCCUCUAAGCAGGAGCCCUUAAAGAAAGAGGCUGGAUUGGCUCAGAUUGCCCCGGACUUGACCGUAGUCCAGUUUAUCAAAGUCUUCCCCAGGGUGCUGCUGCGGAUGCUGCGUCACCCCAUCUUCCUGCUGGUCGUCCUGUCCCAGGUGUGCACCUCAUCUAUGGUGGCAGGCAUGGCUAUCUUCCUGCCUAAGUUCCUGGAGCGCCAGUUUUCCAUCACAGCCUCCUUUGCCAACCUGCUCCUUGGCAGCCUCACCAUCCCCUUGUCCAUUGUGGGCAUUGUGUUAGGAGGUGUCUUAGUCAAGCGUCUCCACCUGAGCCCUGUGCAGUGCAGCAUCCUCUGCCUGCUGGGCUCGCUGUUGUGUCUGCUGCUCACCUUGCCGCUCUUCUUCAUUGGCUGCUCUACUCAUCAGAUUGCAGGCAUCACCCAGGACCUGGGCGCCCAGCCAAGGCCAAGCCUGUUUCCUGGCUGUGCAGAGCCCUGCUCCUGCCAAUCGAAUGACUUUAACCCUGUUUGCGACACCAGUGCCCACGUGGAGUACACCACACCCUGCCAUGCAGGCUGUACGGGUCAUGUGGUCCAGGAAGUUCUGGGCAAAAGACAGGCUGUCUACACCAACUGCAGCUGUGUGGCAGGGGAUGGAACAGUGCUUGCAGGUUCCUGCGAUUCAGCCUGCAGCCGCCUGAUCCUGCCCUUCAUUCUCCUGAUCAGCCUGGGGGUGGCAGUGGCCAGCAUCACCCACACACCUUCCUUCAUGCUCGUCCUAAGGGGAGUGAAGAAAGAAGAUAAGAUCCUGGCAGUGGGAAUGCAGUUCAUGCUCCUGAGAGUGCUGGCCUGGAUGCCCAGCCCUGUGAUCCAUGGCAGUGCCAUCGACACCACCUGUGUGCUCUGGGCCCUGAGCUGUGGGCGGCAAGCCGUCUGCCGCUACUAUGACCACGACCUGCUCCGAAGCCGAUUCAUAGGCCUCCAGUUCUUCUUCAAAAGUGGAUCCGUGGUGUGUUUUGCCUUAGUUUUGGCCAUCUUGAGGCAGCAGAACAAAGAGGCCAGCAUCAAGGUCACCGUGAAGAGCUCUGACCUACAGCAGCAACUGUAAGCAUCAGGACCAGAGAAGAAACCCAAGGAUUCCAGGAGGUCAACAGCCCCAGUCCCACCCUGGUCCGGUGUGGCAGCCACAGCCAUGCAUCCUCUGAGCCCUUUGCCAAGAUGAGGAGUCAGAAGGGCCAUGUUCCAAUCCCAACUUCUCCACUAAAUUGUGAAGUGACUCUAAACAAGCUUCUGGCUUUGCUUGCUCUUUGGAACUAAGGAGUUGUUGUUUUGAUCAUUUCUCAAGCAACAGGGUUGUCCUUGUUCCUUCCUCUGACAACCAACCUAGGACUAAGCUGUGCUGCUGAGGAGGAACUGUCUGGCAUGCCCCAGCCCCUUCUAGGAUGGGAAGGUAGAUGGUGUUUCUCCACACAGAGCCUCAGCCCAGCUCUGCCACUCAUGGAGACCCUCUCCAAGCUUACGUAGGAGGGGAUUCCAGCUCUCAGGCUCUGUCUCCAGCUGUGCACAUCUGUGAAGGCCUCCUCCCCAAGCCCAGUCUGCCUUCAAGAAGUGUCUAUUUGGCGCCUCCUGGAGGCAAAGUCCAGAGAUUUAGGAGCACCCCAAGAGCAGGAAGGAAUAGGACACCAUGUUUGAUGAGGUGUGUGGUCAGGAGCCUUAGCCUGGCAGGAGAGGGCCUAUCUGACCCAGAAUGUCAGAGCUUUUAUCUUCAGGAAGUCACAAUUGGGGAAAGGGAGGUCUAUCCUUCCUUUUAGAGGUCUUGUAACUUCAGAGACCAGUUUAUUUUCAGAGUUGCUCCUACAAAAUGUCUGUUGUCAGGAUCUCACACGUUUGGCCAGGGGCCACCAAAAACACUGAGGCUUUGGGGAAUUGAAUCCUAGACCAUAUCCCCAGAGCUUUGUAGCUAAUACGUGAUUCUGCGAUAACCAAAUCGGGCUGACCUCUUGUUCUCUGAGAUCCCUGGAUCAGUGUGAGGUCUAGGGGCAGAGAAGAGCAAAUCCCAGCUUGGCACAGAGACCUAUGGUGCAGCACACUUGGGUCAGAGCCCCUGAAAUCCCCAGUUCUUUUCCAAGUCAGAUCUUGUCUGGCUUUCUGACCAGUCUUAUCUGGUCUAGCUGCUUCCAGGCAGCCUGAUCUUCACCCAGUCCAAGAUAUUGAUACCACACACCCCACCCAUGUGGCCACAAAGAGAGGGGAGAAGGAGCUAGCAUCAGUCCUUACCCUACGUGCCUAGCUCUUAGCUAAGGGACAAGGCGUUGUCUCCUGUGCAUAAGAAGGAGCUAUAGAAGCCCUCAUUCCUUCCAGGUGUGGUGGCACAUGUCUGUGACCUGGCACUGGGGGACAAGAUCAGGAGUUCAAGGCCUAACUCAGGUACAUAGUGAGUUUGAGUCUAACCUGGGCUACAUGAGAGUGUCUCAAAAAAAUCUAAAAGGAAUAAAGAGAAAUAAAGAGGAGGAGGAUGAGGAGAAAAAGGAGGAGGAGAAAAAAGAUGAAGAGCCUAGUCGCUAUUCUAUCCUGUUUAACCAGUAUCAGAGCCUACACCAAUCAGUGCCAAAAAUUUUGAAGUAUCUUCCACCAAGACAAGUCUGUUAGCAGGUUUUCAUUCUGUCUUUUCUCCUGCUCCCCAGGUUGUACAGGAAUAACCUGACUGUAUACACACAGCUUAUUAUUAAAUUUGUCUUUGCAUAA